GAUGCAAUGAUGACCCCUCUGCAGCAGAGUAACAAUAUCACCUCAGGGCACAGCUCGGACCCUGCCACCGCUGGAGUGCUCAGCUGGGCGGGUCACACCGUGGCGGCAGUUCUUCUCGGUUUCAUCCUGGUCCUGGGCUUCCUCGGUAACUUCCUGGUUCUCCUGGUAUUCUCACGCUUCCCGCGGCUGCAGACCCCCGCGAGCCUGCUACUCAUCAACAUCAGCGCCAGCGACAUGCUAGUUUGCAUCUUUGGGACUCCUCUCAGCUUCGCGGCCAGCGUGCGCGGCAGGUGGCUGACCGGGUCGUACGGGUGCCGGUGGUACGGUUUCUCAAACGCGCUAUUUGGUAUUGUAUCUUUAGUGUCUCUUUCUCUGCUGUCCUUGGAGCGCUACUUUGUGUUGCUCUGCAGCAGCAUCCUCUCUGACUCCUCUCAGUACCGCAGGGCCAGGCUGGCUGUCGUUGCCUCGUGGCUUUACUCAUUGGUCUGGACUGUGCCUCCACUGCUGGGCUGGAGCAGCUAUGGGCCAGAGGUUCCCGACACCACCUGCUCCGUCCAGUGGCAGCAACAUUCAGCCUCAGCUCGCUCCUACAUCAGCUGUUUGUUCAUCUUCUGUCUGCUCCUGCCACUACUGCUGAUGCUCUUUUGCUAUGGGAGGAUCCUGUUGGCAGCCAGGGCGGUGACAAGACAAGCCACCAGAGUCAACAGGUCGUCUGCUGAGCAGAGAGAAGGCCGUGUGCUUCUGAUGGUAGUCUCCAUGGUGACUGGAUACCUUUUGUGCUGGAUGCCAUAUGGGGUUAUGGCGAUGCUGUCAUCUUUUGGGCGUCCUGGCUUGGUGUCGCCUGGUGCACGUUUGAUCCCCUCCCUCUUGGCAAAGACCAGCACCGUUCUCAACCCAUUUAUUUAUGUUCUGCUUAACAACCAGUUCUCCAGGUGUUUCCUGUACAUGAUCAGGUGUGGCUCUGAAGCUCUGCCCUCUCCGGUUCACUACACCCUGCCCUGCAGCACAGGGGCGUUGCCUUACAGUCCUCAUCCGAUGUCAGAAGAACUUAACUCUGUACCUGUUAUGCUUAGAUCCAGGGACCAGCAGGUACAGGAGCCCAGGCAGAGACUCACUUUGUGAUAAUACAGUUAAAUGCACUCUUAAAUAUAUAUAAAGACCAUAUUCCCCUAAUUUUCUCAAUUUACAAGAAAUAUUUUGACACAUUGUUUUGUAUUGAUAAUUCUAACAGGUAAUUAGGCUUAAAGCCUGGGUGGGCCAUUAACAUAUGUAUUGACUGGAAGAUGGUUUUCCCCUUGUGGCGUUUUCAUUGUUACCCCAGUUUAUAGUGAAACGCUGAGUAAGCCAUAGCUCAGUUUGUGCUUUUGUCAAAUGGGCUUGUGUUCGUGGUUUAUUUUAAACAGUAAUGUUUCUAUAGCUCUUUCUCUCUCAGAUUUUUUUCUUUUUGUUUAUUGAAAUAAAUAUAAAUUAGGAAAAGUCAAGUCUGUCAACAUGUAUUGAAACUUUUUUCUACUCAGAAAAAACAGGGGCUUAUAUAGUGGGCAAGAUUAUUUUGUAUUAUCUUUG